GGGAGCAGUUCUCUCGAGCAUAACCAGUCACCCUUGCACCUUUGUUCUUUCUUUCUUCCCUUUACUCAAUUCUACCCUCUACGCCCCUCUCGAUUAGAAAAAAUGAUUCUCAACGCUUCAAUCAUAACGCGAGGGGGCAAGAUUGUGGUGUCACGAUCGUUCAGGGAGAUUCAACGCUCGAGAAUAGAGGCUCUGCUAGCGUCGUUUCCGAAGCUUGCAAGCUCUGGCUCUGGAUCGCAACAUACUGUAGUAGAAGCCAACUCAGUCCGCUAUGUCUGGCAGAACCUCGAGGAGUUCUACCUUGUCCUCAUCACAAAUGUUGGCUCGAACAUUUUGCAGGAUAUCGACUCCCUUCACUUGUAUGCACAAGUUGUUACUAGCAUCUGCAGCAAGACAUUGGACGAGCGAGAGAUUUUGAAGCAUGCCUUCGAACUACUUAGCGCAUUUGACGAGCUUGUCACCCUCGGGUAUAGGGAAAACCUUACUCUCAGCCAGAUAAACACGUUCCUUGCCAUGGAAUCCCACGAAGAACGGAUCCAGGAAAUUAUUGCCCGCAAUAAAGAGCUUGAAGCAACAGAGGAGAGAAAACGCAAGGCGAAGCAAUUAGAAAUGCAGCGGAAAGAGAUGGCUCGAAACGCGAGGGGAAUGGCUGGCGGAAUGUCCGCAGGAAUGGGCGGUGGUAUGGGAAUGCGGCCACAGUCGUAUUCAUCCUACACUCCUCCGUCACAACCAGUCAGUGUGCCUGAUACAUAUGAUGCCUACAAUGCAGAGAAGAAGAAGCCCAUGGCGAUUCGUGGAAAGGGCAUGCAGCUGGGCAAGAAGUCGAAAACUGGCAAUGCCUUCGAGCAAAUUCGGGGAGAACUUGGACCCGAGGCAGAGACAACAGCGCCUCUGGUUGCGCCAACUGUUACAUCACCCAAGGCCGCACCUGCGAGUACAGCCCGAGCAUCGCUGUCUGGUGACAGAGAGCCCGUGCACGUUGUUUUCGCAGAAAGCAUAUCUGCCAAUCUCAGCAGAGAAGGCACCCUGGAAACUCUCGACGUCAAAGGCGAUCUGCAACUGCGGAUUACAGACUCGUCGCUCACCCAGGUUAAGCUCACCAUAGCUGCGGGCGAUACAAGAGGUGCAAAUCUCAUGGCACACCCGAAGGUUGAUAAAACGCUUUUCAGAAACCAAAAGGUUAUUCAGAUGGCAGAAUCUGGAAAAGGAUUCCCUACAAACCAGACCAUUGGAGUGAUGCGCUGGAAAACAACACUCAAAGGUGCGGAUGUUGAAGACCCACCACUCACCUUCACUGUGUGGGUUAAUGAUGCUGGAGGCAACACAUGGAAUGUCACAGUUGAGUACGAGUGGACGGGUGGCGAUGCUCUGAAGGAUGUGGUUGUCACAAUUCCAUAUCAAACCAGUGAGCCUGCCGUAUCGAGCUUUGAUGCCGUCUACGAGGUUUCAGGAGACAGCAUCGAUUGGACUAUUGGUACCGUUGACGGUGACAAUGCCAAUGGUCAGUUUGAAUUUGAAGCGCAAGCUACAGAUGACGCAGAAUUCUUCCCCAUGAUGGUCCAUUUCAACAAAACGAAACCGUUUGUAGACCUUGAUGUUACUUCGGUGCAACUACUUGGUGUAGGACAAGAUAUCAACUUCUCGAAAGAGGUCAAGUCGACGGCAGAUAAGUACAAGAUUGGUUGAAGCAAUAGUAUACGAAGAUACUAGGUCGUUUAUUUCACGCUCCGAUGGUGCGGGGCCAGGGCAAAAAUCAGCAUUCUAGACAGUGGCAUCUGAAAUGAAAAUUAUGUUCAUUGUGA